CGGAGGCACGGUGCACGAAGGUUGAAGGGAUUGUCUACGUCUGCCUGGGGAGACUACCUCUGUCAAGCUCUGCGAACUACCCAAGAGUCAGGACCCUCGAGCUCGUUCACCGGACGGCCCAGGUAUGGAACAGAAGCGGUAUGUAUCGUGUCACGGGCGACUCCCCACUAGUGGCGACGCACCUUGGGCGACCUCUGUUAGCUCUGCACGACGCCCAGAGGAGGUCAGAUCCAGACGUUCGCAUGACGAUGUCACGACACACCGAGAGAGCCUGAGUACGCACCAGGAUCGACUCCGAUUCAUGCGUGACCCCCGAGUUGCCCCCGAGUCCCCUCUCGUUCUCACAUCAGGACGUGCUGCCUUUCGUGAAGGUACGGCGCCACAAAUGAUCGAUGCAGUUCGACGACACGGACACAUCACACAUCGUCGCCAGGUGCCAGAUCGUGGUGUCGCUGAUGGACGUGUAACUCGCAGUCACCACGUGCGUCGCUCCGUAUGGGUUCGAACGCACUCGCAUCGCAAGUUCAACUUCUACUAUCUUCUCCCCGCUUGCGGUUAUAGGUCAAGCAAUUCCUUAUCGACAGCAGGCUGUCACAUACUACUACUUCAGCAUACACAAACGACCAUCUUCAACAUGGAGCACUACAUUCUAGACAUUCAUUACACCGGGAAGAAGGCGAACUUGGCUACUGCGCACAGACGGGCUACCGGAUCUCUCGAGCAGUUUAUCGAGGACGACCUUCUGGGCCUUGGGUUUCCCGCCACGUUCGAGCCCACCGUCACAAGUCUCUGGCAAGGCUCUGUACCGGUGGUACGAUGCACGUGGAACGUCGAGCGUCGUGACGCCGAACCGGAUGCUGCGGUACGACACCGUGUUCUAGAGCUGUUGGGGCGAUCCUGAUUCUUCGUCUGCACUCGCAGCGCCAAGUGGUGGAGGAGAUCCUUGCCAUCAAGAGCCAAGCACGUACGAAGAAACAGCGCAAGGCGUUCAACCGCAAACUGACCGAAAUGCACAUCGCACAUGUCAAUGUUGAGAUCC